GUCACACCUAAACUAUGGUUCAGUUAAGAGUUCUAUACAAUUCUGUCCUACUUCUCACAACAGUCGUAUCUUGUAGGAAACAAUGCGGUAAAAUAGAAAAAAGAUUACAUCGAAUCUACGGCGGAAGAAACGUUCAAGUGUUCUACCCUUGGUUUAUGGCGUUCGUGGCAAUUCCUGUAAAUAGAUUACAGCCAACUAUAACCAGUGUAUCUUGUGGAGGAUCUCUAAUAACUCGACGAGAUGUCCUGACAGCUGCUCAUUGUUUAGACUUCCCUUGUACCAAGGAUAAAUUUGUUGUAUUCAGUGGUUUAGAAAAUCUUUGUCAACCAUCAUCAAGUAGGAUUUAUCACAGAAUUCUAAGGACAGUCAUUCACCAAAAGUACAAUAGAAGAACUGGUGGAUUCGAUAUAGCAAUUGCAACAUUGAUAGACAAUGUUAAUAAGGUUCCAAUUUGUCUACCUUCGCCAAAAGGGAAAGUGCCGAAAAGAGCAGAGGUGAUUGGAUUUGGAUAUAUAAACGAUUUUUACGAAGUAGCCUGCAAACUUCAAACUAUUUAUUUAAAAAUUCACCAUCAGCAGGUUUGUAAAAGAAUUUUGACAGAUUAUGGGUAUCCUGUCCUAGAAAACGUGAUCUGUGCUGGGGAUCUAGAUGGUGGGUUGGAUUCAUGUCAGGGUGAUAGUGGUGGACCUCUUCAGGCAUCUAAAAAUGACAUAUACACUAUUUAUGGUAUUGUUUCGUUCGGAUUUGGAUGCGCAUUGCCUGACACAUUAGGGUUUUAUGUAGAUGUUUCCAAGUUUAUAAGUUGGAUUGAAAAGUUUGCCUAUGAUAGAGUCGUGUAUCCGGGAUAGGAAAGUAUAAAUGCAUGUGAAAUCAUGGAAAGAUAUAAUAUAAAAAAAUAUAUAAAUGUAGUUCA